UCCGACCCCCCUUCAACAUUAUCUUUUCCCUGCCGGAGCAGAGGGCAUCCAUCUUGUUGUUGAUGAGAAAGGUGUGUUCCGUGAGGAGAACUUCCAAAAGGCCAUGAGCUCGAUUGCAGACAGGCAAGGAGCAGACCCUGCGGAUGCCAUGGCUAAAAGGAAAGGGAAAGGGAAAGACAAGAAGACAAAUAAAGGAGGAGACAAGAAUGGGCCAUCUGAUAUCUACAAAAUCGUCAAGAUGAUCAUGAUGAAAAACUACCAUCCAGUUAUCGUAUUCAGUUUCAGCAAACGAGAGUGUGAGGCUUUUGCUCUACAGAUGAGUAAACUGGCAUUCAACGAUAACUCUGAAAAGGAGAUGGUCUCUAAGGUUUUUAACAGCGCCAUUGAGAUCCUCUCAGAAGAGGAUAGGGAUCUACCCCAGAUCCAACAUAUCCUACCCCUCCUCCGACGCGGUAUUGGUGUCCAUCACUCAGGUCUCCUGCCCAUCCUCAAGGAAACCAUUGAAAUUCUCUUCCAAGAAGGACUAAUAAAAGUUCUCUUCGCGACUGAAACGUUCUCUAUUGGUCUUAACAUGCCCGCAAAGACCGUUGUUUUCACAAGCGUUCGCAAGUUCGAUGGUGUCAGCUCAAGAUGGAUAACGUCCUCGGAAUUUGUCCAAAUGUCCGGACGUGCAGGUCGUCGAGGCCUUGAUGACCGUGGUCUUGUUAUCAUGAUGGUUGAUGAAGAGAUGGACCCUCCUGUUGCCAAGGAUAUUGUUCGCGGAGAGCAGGACAAGCUUAAUUCAGCUUUCCAUCUUGGUUAUAAUAUGAUUCUCAAUUUGCUUCGUGUGGAAGGUAUAUCACCUGAGUUCAUGCUUGAACGGUGUUUCUACCAGUUCCAAAAUACAGCUAGUGUUUCUGGUCUGGAAAAAGGUGAAUAUUUUAUACCCUAAAUUUAUCUUAUCUAACGAUUUGCUAACGAACUUCAUCAGAACUGGCCGAGCUCGAAAGUUCUAGGGAUGCGAUGACAAUUGAAGACGAAGGCACAAUACGAGAAUAUUAUGACCUUCGACAGAAAAUUGAUACCUACAACUCUGAUAUGAGAGCUGUGAUAACACAUCCCAAUUAUUGCGUUUCGUUUCUCAAACCUGGACGUCUAAUCCACAUUAAAUAUCAGGACUAUGAUUUCGGAUGGUCAGUGGUAGUCAACUGCCAAGCGCGAAAACCACCAAAGAACGCCCCGCGUGAAGAGUACGAACCUCGUGAGAGCUAUAUAGUAGACGUUUUACUACCAGUUUCAGAGGACUCUUUCCUAAAAUCAAAAGGUGUUCAGCCCUUGCCACCCGGUGUCAAACCAGCUAACAAGGGCGAGCCUUCGAAGCUGGAAGUUGUUCCCGUCCUCCUCAACUGUAUACAUUCAAUUUCUAUGGUGAAAAUCAAAAUGCCCAGCAACCUAAAACCAGAAGAAAGCCGAAAGGCCGUCAAGAAGCAGAUUAUGCAGAUCCAGCAACGCUUCCCCGAUGGCUUGGCGCUCCUUGACCCCAUUGAAAAUAUGAACAUUACGGAUGAUGAGUUCAAGAGAUUACUAAGGAAAAUCGAGGUUCUGGAGUCACGCCUAAUAUCUAACCCACUACACAACUCUCCUCGGCUUCCAGAAUUGUACGACCAGUAUGCUGCGAAAGUGGAGCUUGUCAAGAAAAUCAAGGAGACGAAGAAGAAGAUCACCGAGGCCAUGUCAAUAAUUCAGAUGGAUGAGUUGAAAUGCCGCAAACGAGUACUUCGCCGAUUCCAGUUCAUCAAUGAAGAUGAAGUCGUACAGCUCAAGGCUCGAGUUGCUUGUGAAAUCAGCAGUGGUGACGAACUCAUGCUCAGCGAGCUAUUGUUCAACGGUUUCUUCAACAAUCUCACACCUGAGCAAUGCGCCGCAGCACUAAGCGUAUUUGUCUUCGAAGAAAAUGCCAAGGACACUCCUGCUAUUACCAAUGAGGAGCUCGCCAAACCGCUCAGAGAUAUCCAAGCCCAGGCUAGAAUCAUUGCCAAAGUUUCCCAGGAAUCCAAACUACCUGUGAAUGAAGACGAGUAUGUGAAGAGCUUCCGAUGGGAACUUAUGGAAGUGAUGUUCGAGUGGGCAAAGGGUAAAUCCUUUGCAGAUAUCUGGUAAGCUUCUCCAUGUUCCGGAACUCCCAUAACGUGCCAAGUUCAAUCAGACAGCUGACUAGCUAUUUCUCAUGAAGCAAAAUGACCGAGGUUUAUGAGGGAAGUUUGAUCAGAGCUUUCCGGCGCCUUGAGGAGUGUAUGCGACAAAUGGCACAAGCGGCUAAAGUGAUGGGAAGUAGCGACCUGGAAACCAAGUUCGAAACCGCCCUCACACUCAUAAAACGAGACAUUGUUGCCGCACAGUCUCUCUACCUAUGAUAGUUUGUUACCACAUCGUUACUGGCUGGCUGCUAGUUAUUGACUUUUUGCAUUUACUGCGACCUGAAUUCUUUUCCUGGCUGUACACGGAUUAAUACAUGUGUGGCGUUGGGUGUGCGGCAUUCCACGUAUUAUAGCAAAAGUAAAUGAAACAUGUCGUUAUACGGGCGAGGCAAUAUAUGGCUGCCUGUUAAUAUUACUUUGAUACAUUUUUCUUUUCUUUUCUGCUCUUGUGCUUUCCCUUUAAAAAUCAUCUUCAGGGGCAAAAAGGCAAAAGUGACAAAAAUAACUUUGCUUAGUCAUAAAUUUUUGGGCUGAGAACCCCGUGAAAAGCUUAUUUUUUAGGUUAUGACGUAAUAUGAGUAAAAAGGAUCACAAAAAGUUUAAUCAACACAUGGAGAGAGCUGAAGUUUGGCUGUGGAAGGAGGAGAAAGAGAAGGGAAUUUCGAGAAUAUUGCAAGAGAUGUAAGGUGUAGUAUUAGGAUAAUUACCCAAUGCGUAUGUUUACUUAGUAAUUUUUGAGGAAAGACAGCGAAUGAUGAACCUGUAUCUAUAUAGAUCAAGCACUCUGUCAUGAUUAUACACAGUAUGUAUGGAGAUAAAUACGAUAAUUCAAUGGUAUGCUCCGUUACAUAGAUAGUUGCCGACAAUAUCUGGAGACCCGGCCUUUCUAUAAUGAGAGAGCGAUCUUGUUUCUCAGGCCAUUUAUAGAACCCCAAGGACUCCCUAAUGCACAACAGUCCUUGGUGGCGAUAGAUUAGUCCUGGCUGGAACACCAAUACCCUGGCCCAGAACUUGCCCUAUAGCCGAAGUAUUAAAGGUGCAUAUAAUAACGGCUUGUCGUAAAACUAGGGAUUUCUAUCUCUUCGACAAAGAAAAUAUAAACCCCAACUAGAAGUAGGUUGCUGUGAUUGCCGAGAAAGUGCGUGACACGCAAGGCAAUUGAAGCCUAUCACGGACAGCUAGUGUGCUUACGGAAGAUCCAUUGAUGCUCGAGAACACAUCAUCAAGUGGUUAUUAAAGGCUGGGACGGACGUACUUAUAUAUUGACUCUGCCGUUUGUUUGGCUAGGCCGAGGAUGACUUCGCCUCAGGGAAGGCGAACCAGCCAUCCAUGCAGAGUAAGAAAGUCAAGAGGCUGCUCUCUUCCUCUGAAUCACAAGAAGCAGCCUGUCUUAUCACCGUAUGCCUUGCUACGCAGUCGGUAAGCGGCCAGUGGCUCCCCAUGAAUAAAUAAUACAAAUAAACAGCCGUAACCAUAGCUACCACACAGCAGUCCUUUA